AUGGGAGGCAGAAUACAUGGAUUCCUCGGGGGUGUAUUAUUAACAUCUACAUUGACAUACUACACAGGCCAACUAUUCCAUCGCAAUCAAGAAUUCAUUUCACAACAUCUCCAAGCCUCAAACCACAUCAUCAAUAAUCGAAUCUUGACCGAUUCCGAAUUACGCAACACCGUUAUACCCAAUAACCACAUUGUCCGUAACGAGAGAGCCAACUUUGCUGAAACUUGUAAAGAUAUAUGGAAUGAGGAGAUUAUCAAGAUGGUUAAUUGGGUUUAUGGUAUAAAUUGGUACAAAUUGGGCAUCAAGUUGGACGAUGAGACAAAGAAGUUGACGGACAAGAUUGCCGAGCUGUUAGUUAAUAAGAAGUAG